CCUGGUGGUGAUCUCAAAUAACAGCGCCAUCUCAAAUGGCGGCUGCAUUUAUGCUGACAGUAUCGGCUCCGUUAGCCUGUCACGCUCGGUGGAAGUCAGCGGGAAUAAAGCGCAAGGCGGCAGCGGUGGAUUUGCAGCAUCUAUGGGCUACACGAGUGGCGUCCAGCGCAGCAUCGCAGUGCAGGACAGUCACAUCCUCGCAAACUCCGCGGCGCAGGGUGGCUUCGCCUUCUAUGCUGACAGUGUGGAAUUCCAGGUGUCCGGAUCAGCGGCAGUCAUCGCGUCCAAUGCAGCAGACAACGGAAAUGGGGGCGUCAUCAGCUCACAAGGUGACAUUGCCAUGACUUUGAGCAGCGGCGCUGUUGUACGACAUAAUGCAGCUAGAGGUUCAGGAGGAGUGGCUUCUGCUGGCGGAGGGCAGCAGUCAUCACUCACCGUAGACAGUGGCGCACUGGUGUUUGGGAACUCUGCUCAGCUUGAUGGUGGCGUUAUGGACGCCGCCCACAUGUCAAGCUUCAUUGUCGGGAGCGGCGCCAAGGUUGCUAACAACACCGCGGCACGGGAUGGGGGAGUUCUGGCGGUGAUGGACUUGCUGCUCGUGGAUCUACAGCAGGGCGAGCUCUCAUCAAACCAGGCCACGCGCAACGGCGGGAGCAUCCUGGCUUCUCAAGCACUGAGCAACUUUACGAUCGGCCCCACCUGCAUGGUCCGCGGGAACCGAGCCGGCAGCAACGGAGGAGUGCUGAGCUGUGGCGAGUCGGCCUCCUCACGUUGGGUGCAAACCAGCCAGCAGCCGCCGCCGCCCAGUCGCGUAAAAGGGGGCAGUAGCAGCAGCAGCGGCAGUAGCAGUGGCUUAGGUCUGAUGCUCAUUGUCGGCAUCGUGGAUGGAAAUGCGGCCGGCAAUGAUGGUGGACUUGUGUGGGCGUCACAGCUUGCAACCAUGCAAGUAGCGGGGGGCGCAAACAUCACCCGCCAGCAAGCGGGCCGCCACGGGGGCGUCCUAUUCGCUGGCAGUGUAGGACUGCUGCGCGCAGCCUCAGCUUUCUUCUACAGCAAUGUGGCAGGGCUGGGUGAUGGCGGCGUCGCAGCCGUCAGCCGCCUGUCCAACCUCACAAUCAAAGGAGCCGUGUUCGCACAGAACCGGGCGUGGCGCCACGGCGGCGUGCUUUCGUAUGGCAGCGAUUACGCCAUCGCUCGUGACGGUGCCUCUGCGUUGGCAGCCACGAGCUACUGGAGGUUUGAGGACACAGCUUUGCUCGGAAACCAGGCACUUAAUGGCGACGGUGGCGCCAUGUGCGUUCAAGCUGAGCAGCAGCAAGCGACGUUGAACGUCAUCGUGGACUUCGUACGCGUCCGCGCCCGUAAUUGCUCAGCUGGGGCGGACGGCGGAGCUAUUGCGCUGUCUGGCGGCGCCCUGCUGCGCAUCGCCGACUCGGUCCUCGAGGGUUCUAGUGCUGGCGCCCUGGGCGGGGCGGUGGCGACCGCGGCUGGGUCCAACCUGCUAGCAGUCAACACCGCGUUCGCGGGAAAUGCCGCCAAGUUUGGCGGUAGUGUGGCACUAGACGUGACGGCUUCUGGAGUCAUUAGCAGCGCAGCUGUGGCAGCAGGAGUGGCCUAUUCAGAAACGGGCCGCAGAUGUCAGGACCAGCCGGGCGCUGAUGCAGCGACGGCCAUUUUUUGCAACUGCAGCAUUACAGGCAGUGUUGCGUCUCAGGACGGCGGGGGAAUGUAUAUGCAGGUACCGCAGUCGCUAGGUGGUACCGCAGCGGCAGGAGCAAUAGAAGGGAAUUCCUCAGCAGCGCUUCGCACAACGGUAUUGGUGGGCGGCGGUUCGCGGCUUGAGGGAAACUCCGCGCAGUCUUCAGGCGGCGCCAUUGCAGCUCAGAUAGCGGCGGUAGUAGUAGUGGCGGCGGCGGCACAGCAGCAGCAGCAGCAGCAGCAGCAGCAGCAGCAGCAGCAGCAGCAGCAGCAGCAGCAGGUAUCUGCGAGCUUGCCCACAGCAGCUGGAAAUGGCAGCCGAAGGCGAGCAGUGCUACUGGGAGCGGACACCACUGCUGGCAGCAGUGCCGCCGCCAGCAGCAACGCUGACACCGGCGAAACGCCGCCGCAGCUCCUUCUGCAGGGGGUGGACCUGACAGGCAACUCCGCCGAACUGCUUGGAGGCGCAGUGCUCCUUUCCGGCGCAGCCAUGGUGGGUGAGCGGCUGAUGCUCGCAGACAACACUGCCGGUGGAUCUGCUGCUAUUACUGCGGCUGCUGCCGAUGCCGCCACUAGCAGUGGCAGUAGCGCUGCGGCGGCAACCGGCGGUAAAGGCAUGGGCGGCGGGAUUGCAGUUGUGGGCGCGACGGCCAGCCUUGUACUACGCAACACCAGCAUAAGCCGCAGCGCAGCACUCCAGGCGGGUGGUGCAAUCUAUGGCAGCGGGUGCAGAGCGUUGUCACUGUUGGGCUCUGCUGUCCUGGACUCGGCUGCAGUUCGCGGUCCGGGAGGCGGAGUCUUCGUGGUGGGUUGUAGCUACGUCACGCUGCAAGGGUCCCGCGUGGCAGGCUGUAGCAGCACAGCCGGCGGCGGCGCGUGCCUGUACAGCAAUGAGGCGGCGGCGGCGGCAGCUGGGUACACCAGUAGCAGCGGCAGCAGCAGCUACAUGCUAGUCAUCAUCAAUAGCACUGCCUUCAGUGAGAACUCGGCGCUCACUCUCGGCCGCACCGGCGGCCCGCCUGCCCUGGGCAUUGUUGACGUAACAGGUCGGGGUAUGGGCGGGGCUCUGCACCUGGGCGGCGGCGUGGCGGCGCUCAUUCGUGGGGUGGACUUCGCUGGCAACACGGCUGCAGGCGCGGGGGCCAGCAUUUCGUCCACGCAGCGUUGCGAUGGAGGCAGCACGGCGGAAACAGCAGCAGCAGCAGCGGAAGCAACCCUGUGGCUAGGGCUCCUCAAGCCGGAUUUGCAGGAGCAGGAUGCUCGGGCUGCAUUGGAAGGGUGGGGUAGAGCCCGAUGUGCGCUGCUGGGUAUCGUAGAUGUCAGGUUAGUGGCGGCGCAGCAGCUGCCCCCCAACGCGACCCGAACACUUGGUGAUGCCGCAGCAGGCGGCCAAGCGACGCUGGCGGCGCGUCGAUCAGCUGCGUCAGCAGCAGCCGGCCAGCACCUCUGGCUGGCAGAUCCCUUUGCAAGCGCCGUAAAGGUGUCCUGCCGGCAGCGCGACAGCAACACCGCGCCCGCCGAUAGCGGCAAUGGGCGCAUUGGCAGUACUGCCGGAUUUCCGGCCCUGACCGUAGACAGCAACGGGAACAUGGGCAGCCAGGCUAGCUCGGCGUCGCGAGCACAGGCCAUCCUCCAGCUCCGCAGCAGCUUGGAGGCCUGUACGGCGGCGCCAGCCGUUCAGCAGCCGCAGGCCGAUGGAGGGGUUGCUGGAGGCAACGUGGAACUUCUCUUCCUCACGCCUGAGGCCGUGCGGCUGUCGCUUGUAGAGCUUGAUGCGCAGCAGAGAGAGACGGCCGUCAGCGGUCAGGAAGCCGCAAUAAAACUCUGGCCUCCGCCGCCGUCGACGACGAUAACGGACGGAACCAGCAGUGCUGGAGCAAGCAUGGGCAUCACGAAUAGCAGUAGCAGCAACAGCAGCAGCAGUAGCAGCAGCAGGAGUAGCCGGCUCAGCCUUCCAACGGGCGCACGGCUGCGGCUGGUGGCAGAGCUGGUCAACGCGGCGGGCGAUGUCGUGCUCGGCUACCCGCCCGUGAUGCUGCGGCUUACCCUGGAGCCUGCGGCCUGGGUCCGGCUGCAGCCUCAGGUGGAUGCCGUCACAGACCAGGGCACGGGCCAGGCACAAUGGAGCCAGGUGGUGGUUCACGGCUGGCCGGGUGACAGCUACACGCUCCGUGUGGAGGCGGUGGGAAUUACGGGUACUGGUGCUGCUGGUGCGUCUGGCGGCGAUGAUGCAACUAGCCAGCUGUUGGCGGCAGCCGUGCUGCCCGUGACGCUGCUGCCAUGCGCCCAAGGCGAAGAGAUUGACAACGGGGCCUCAGCGCUCGCGCCACCCUUGACCUCCUGCCGCCAGUGUAGCUCCGAGCAGUACAGUUUGUGGCGCGACUUGCGUGCAGCCGCGCUCUCCGGCACCAACCUGACAGCAGCAGCCGCGUGGCAGCCCCCGGCCGGUGCACAGUGCAGCUCGUGCCCGGCUCAGGCUACAUGCACUGGUGGAGCCGUGGUGGUUCCAAAGCCGGGGUUCUGGCACUCCUCCCCACAAUCAACGCUCAUGCAUCGCUGCCCCAACCCGGAUGCAUGCGACCCCAGGCCGUUCAGCCCCGGCAGCGAGGCGGCGAAGCAGUCGGCAGCCGCAGCAGCGCGCUUUGGCGCGCAGCAGGUCAACGCGCCACUGCUAGUGUGUCAGGAGCGCUGGUACGCUUCCCUGGCGCCGGGGUCAGACGUGCUGCAGCAGCUGCAGCAGGCACGCGCACGUCUGAGCCUCAGCAACAGCACAAGCAGCGGCGGCGGAAGUAACAACAUAGCAGCAGUGAACGGAAGUACUGCUGCUGGUGCUGACGUUGCGCGACUUGAGGACGUGUGCAUUUUGUGGCCAUCCCCAGACACAGAGGGUGACGAUCACUUGUUUUACGUCAACCGGCAGUGUGCGGAGGGCUACUCGGGCCGCCUGUGCGCCACGUGCCUUCCAUACCUCUACUUGUCAAAUGACUUUGAAUGCCAAGCCUGCCCGUCCCUGGGUCUGAACCUGUUCCUGGGCUUGCUGGCCUUUUUGGCAAACGUGGUGCUCAUGCUCUACACGAGCUGGACCGCGUACACGAAUGAGGACGGAGUCGCAGCAGCAGCAGCAGGGCAGCUCCAAGCUGGCGGGGUUGCUGGGGGAGCCGCAGGACGGUGGCGGAAGGAGGAGGAGGAGGAGGAGGAGGAGGAGGUCGGUGUGUCUGAGAAGCUCAAGGUCAUUAUUGUGCACGUGCAGUAUUUUAUAAUCAUCACGCGCCUCAAUCUCAACUGGCCGCGUGUCAUCCACAAGCUGGCCGCCGGCUUCGGCACUCUGACGGGCGCCAGCAACUUCGUCACCUUCGCGCCGUCGUGCUUCUUCCCCGAGUACGCGAGCAGCGGGCAGGCGCGCGUGACGGUCUUCUACUCGCUGGCGGUGCCGUGCCUGUCGGUGCUGCUGUGCCUGGCGCUGUGGGCGCUCAGGUACCAGUGGUUCAACCAGUCGCGCAUUAGGCGGAUCAAGGGGCGCCGCUACGACGUAGACAGCACCGCGGAGGGCCGCCGCCGCCGCGGCAGCGUGCAGGCAAUGGAUCUGGCGGUACUGGCGUCCGCCGCGGCGCCGCCAUCAGAGCCGGGCGGCAGCAGCAGGUGGCAGAAUAGCGUGUACGCCGGCGGCCGCAGCGGUGGCAGCGGCAGCGGCGGCGGUGGUGGAAGAGGAAGCGCAGCGGGAAGCGUGGGGAGUGAUGGGGGAAUUAAGGGAGUGGAGGCCGCAGGGUGCGCCGCGGCGGCGGCUGGUAGGCAGCCUGCUUCAUCGUGGCGUGGUGACGCUGGGACGCUAGUGACUACGGCUGCCGCCCGCGGCGGCGCAGAUGGGCUUUCAGCAGCCUAUGCAGAAGCGGAGCUGCGGAUAAGCUGCGGCCCUGCUGACGCCUCUGAUGACUCAUCACCUUUGGCAGCAGGAGACAGCAUACACGCAGCAGAAAGUGCUGUUGCAUCAGCGGCGUCAUCAAUGCCGCCGCCUCCACCACCUCCCCCCGCACCCCCACCACCGCCGGCUCCGCCGGUCGCGCCCCUGCUGCCUGCUAGCGAGUCGGGAAAGUCGCAACCACCGGCGGCGCGCGCGGAGCGGCAACCCACAACGGGCGCAGACUCCCGCUCGUCAAGAGCAUCAGCUCCAUGGCACAGCAGCAGCACCAGCGCCCUGCGGGCGAUGAUCAGCAAGCUCCGCGCCAGCCACACCGGGUCCGGCAUGAGACACCUGGACCAAUCCGUGAGGCUGCCUGGCCAGCUGUUGAUUGUGUUGCUAGUGGGAGUGUUCAUUCUGUACCCGGGGCUGGUGCAGGCCUCGCUGUCCAUAUUCGCAUGCCGCACUCUGGACGACGGCUCAGGGCCCUACCCCGAGGCCCAGACGGCGACGUGGGGCCCGGGCUACUGGACGAUGGACAUGCAGCAGCGCUGCUAUGCCGACACGCACACCUCGCUGUUCCUCCCCCUGGGCGUUGUAACAGUGCUCGUGUUCUGCAUCGCGCCGCCCCUGGCGUUCUUUGUCAUUCUGUGGCGUCAACGCCGUCGCCUGAACGAAAAUCACACGCGGCGUGUGUACGGCUUCCUUUAUAACAGAUACCGGCGCACCUACUACUUCUACGAGGGUGUGCGGCAGCUUCAGACCCUGGCGCUGGUGUGUGUGAAUGUGUUCGGCUACACAUUGCCCGUGGACCGGCAGGCGCUGCUGCUGCAGGCCAUCCUGGUGGCCAUAGGCGCAAUGAACAUGACCACCAACGCGCUGCGGGCGCGGGUGCUGGCCGCGAUGGAGUUCCUGUCGCUGUGCGUCCUGGUGCUGACCAUCAACCUGGGCCUCUUCUUUGCAGUGGAAGGCGGCGGUAAGGAUGCAGCGACAUCAGGCACCAGCGAACAGGUAGUGGAGAACACGGUGGGCAUCCUCAUCAUCCUGUUCAACGCCGGCCUCGUGGUGGGCUUUGUGGCGCUCAUUGUCAGGUCGGCCCUGCCCCGGGCCGGGGGGCUGGGCGUGAGGCUGAAGAGCCGCCUGAGCAGCGCGGGAGGCAGCGCCCGGCACUGGAUGCGGGAGACGUCCGCUGGCCUGGCAGCAGCGGACUGCUGCAGCAUGCCGGCGGCGGCGGCGCCUUGGCGCGCGAAGAAAAGGCGCGCGCACGCAGCAGUGGAAGGCGAGGAUGUUGAGGUCACUUGACGUCAACAAAGCUCCAAACGCAUGAUGAGGGCCUGGCUGGGUUACACGCGUCAACUUAGCGCACGCGCUCUGUGUAUGAUGCGGGUGAGGCCCCGCCGGCGGCUGGUGUGGGCACGAGAAGAAUUAAAUUGCAUGGGUAAGCUGCACGCACUGUAUGUCACUCGGCCAGAGUUUGGCACAGCUGGCGGUAGGCCCUCUUCUGACAGGGGCCCGGCACGCAACAGUCGCAGCCCACCGUGCAUACGCAUCUAUUUCCUUUCUUGGGUUUCCUCGCCCGCACCAUGGCACUUGCUCAUCCCAGCGUGCGGCACAUGCGUCCUAGGCCUGUGUAUGUGUGUGUAAUAACAGUAUUGAUGGUCGUGUGUGGACAGGUUGUGGGCACGUGCGUGGCAUGCAUAGUGUACAGAUUGCGGGCAAAGCAUCGUACGCGCUAAUGAGACGUGUGUCGUACAGUAAUCGUUUGAAUGUGCAUGAUGGAGGCUGGUUAAUGCUGCAUGGGGCGUUGCACGUGCAGGGGCAUUAAUCAAUGCGUGCGGUGUACAUGGGCAUGGUUUUGUUUCUUGCAACGCAAUCCAGGGUGCAAAAGGCGAUGGGACAGUGAUGUACCGGUACUAAGAUUGUUGAAUCUGCCCAUGCAUGGGAGCCUGACGGGAUGAGGGGACAUAUGCACACGGGCCUCACUGGCCUGGUGGUGGGCUUCAUGGCAUUCAACUGCACCCUUGCCAUUUCCCAGACAGGCCCGGGAAAUUGGAACAUCACACGCUAUCCUGCGUCUUUCCGUUCUUGUGCUUUCUAACACACAGGACCACCCCUGCAAAGGAGGCAAGCUAGGAAGUGCAUGGGAAAGGCAUGUUGCUGUGCAGACGCGGAUACAUGUGAUCACUUUCCUUAGCAUGUAUGAGCGGGUGCGGUGUGCAUACAAUGAACGUAUGUUCAGGAUGUCAGGGCGGCAGCAUCAAGCCCCCACAUGUGGUCGAGCGGAAAGAUGCUGGGCCAAGGCUGGACUGGUAGAUGGGGUAAUAUAACUUUCAGUUAUGUCCUUUGUACCACGACAAAACCCGAGGCCCGGGCCGGGGCGGCCCUUAUACGGUAAUGCCAACAGAUGCUUAAUUGCUGCCUUGCUGGUCCUUUGUCCAGUAUUUCUCAUGCCGGUGUGAAUGCUCCUCAUCAGACUAUUGGUGAUUAGACGGAAGCUGGGUGCAGCUGCGAGCAGUGGUGCCACUGUUGAUAGCCACUGCAUCACCCUACUCGGACCUCAAGCUGCACUUGAGCAGCUGUGGCAGCAGCCAUGGCGGCAAUGCAAUGCCGCUCGAUGCGCUGACAUGCGGGGGUUCUGGCGAUGCCUUCUGCCACGUGUGCCUGCGACGGCGGCUGCCCAGUGGCAUGCGCAUGUCUUGCAAGGCGUGUGGGUAAACGAAUCAAGUUGGAAUGCGUUGAGUUUCUGUCCACCGGGGUACUGUGGGCACUGCUUCUGCUGUGCUCGCUAUAUAUGCCAUGCCACCCAUGUGCACUCUAUCUGCUCGAGCCCAAAUGACGUCGUGCUCUUCUCCAAUAAGCAUUUCGGUUCGUCUUCGUUAAUCUGGUACGGAACAUCCGAACGUGCGUAACUGUGCAGGGUGCUUCAAUCCGCGAUUGGGCCGCGGAUCCAGGGACGCAACGGUCCCGAAUCCCAGUGCAUGGCUGCGGGCUGCCCAGCAUGACGGGGACUUGAGGAGGGCCGGUGAUAAAAACUGGACUGGUCCAUAGUGAGACUGGUCGACUGGAUGGAAGUCCUGUCCUGUGGCGAUACACCCCUGUGGCGAUACACCUUUACCUUUAGAGACC